AUGGCUGUCAACUUGUUGAAGCUGUCUCGUGUUUCUAUCUGGAUCUCUGUUGGAGCAUGCAGCUGCAAGUCUAAGGUCGACCUGGCCAAGCAUGUUGAGAACCCGGAACACCUGGUUCUCGGCUUUGCCGUUAAGCUGCAUGAAUUCCUCGUUCCCCCUGUCGCCGAGGACAAUGGGACCCGAUGA